AUGGACGCGAUUAUCUGGGCCAACAUUUUCAACACCGUCUUCCAGGCGCUCCUGGCGGGCUUCAUGUGGGGCAUGAACCGCCACGUUCGCCCUGCAUGGGCCGUCGGCUUCUUUAUUGGCGUCGCCCUCGUUCUCGGCAUCAUCAGCGGCAUCUUCAUCUUCUUGGAGGGCAAGAGGGUCAAGUCGAUUGAGGGCGUAGAGCUGUCGGAUGCUGACAAAAAGAAGCUGGCCGAGGAUGAGGAGCAAAACAUUUUCCACUAUAACAAUAACAAAGACAAGCCGCCUAAGGAGGAUAAGAAGAAGGCGAAGGCGGAGAAGAAGGCCAAGAAGGCGGCCCAGACGAAGCAGUGA